CUGCUCUGAGCGCCGACUGCCCCCUGCAGGAGGGAGGUCUUUGCGGUGGCCUCUUCCUGGGUUCAGUGGAGUGACGUCAUGCGCGGCCGCUGCCUGUUCCGGGCUGCGUUGCCAUAGUGAGAGAACGUUACACGGAGGAGACGCCUCGCCGAGCAGCUCGCCGGGCCCAUGCUUCUCGUCAGCCGCAGAGUCCUGCAGGGGCUCUACUCACUGAUUUUCCUCUGUAUUGUGGUCAUCUCAUGGGGCUAUGUGCUGUACGCAGCAAGACUGGCAGCACUAUGGCAGUUGCAGCAGAAAUACCCAAAUCAAGUUUUAUUCUGACUCCACCAAUGGACCCCCCUCUCCACUGGUCUCACGAUCACUUUGCACUUGAACUCCAGCACAUGUAGGUCACAUAAGACGGAAAAGAAGAGAACUUCAUAGUCUGUAGUUAAAGACUCUUACCAUGGUAGUCACAGACCGAUGAUGCUUACAUUACAUCAGACUGCUGACAUGGAAGCGGUAUUCAUUUUCCCUAUAAAUAUGUAUGUGGGUUUUUUCCUGUUUUAGUGCGAAUUAAUGUGAUAUUUUAACCAAUGAUGUUUUUCUAAUAACCACAGAAAAAAAGCAUUUUCUAAUAAAUAUUUUUUAUUUAAAUGGUAAAA